AUGGCGUUGGCAGCUGAAGGCCAGCGAGCUGGGGUAGAUGUGCCCGAGGAGGAAGUGCAGUUUACGUCUGAUCCCAACACGAUCAGAUCUGCGUCCGUUACCGCGUUAACGGAGAGCCAUUUGAUGCUUGUGAAGGCAUUUUAUCACGCCGAAAAGCCUGCCAUGCUUGCUCCGUCGACAGGGACUUGCGAUGACUUGGCAUGCUUCGACUGGUGCCCGUCGUCGCCCAUUUCCGCCCUCACCCAGUCCUUGCCAUCCCUAUUCCCACCCUCAUCUCCUUACACAUGCAUCUCGGAUGCCAUGAAGGCGCUGGAAGAAGAAAAGCCUAAUGCGGAUUUCUGCUCGAACGACCCCCUGAUGUCGACCAGCGGUGGCGAGGAGCUUCUGUCGCAAGAUGAUGCGGGUCUCUCAAAAUCUCCUGUGACUGCCGUGUCGUCUCGCAAGCGGCGUCCGUUCCCUGGUGACACCAACUCCGGCGCGAGCAGCAGUGAUUGCUGCGACGGCGAGCGCGGCGUUUCUGCACCCACGCUUCGCCUCCCCAUUCAAAGGGGGUCGCCACCUGAGAAUUGCGGGGCCUGCACGGAAUGCACAGAAGGCACAAACCCGCGGUUGUCCGCCGGCAGUCCGAUUGCGAACGACGUGGAGCGCGCUCUUGGCACGCACCCCAGUGACACGAGCAAGGGUAUCGCAGCCAUUACCACAGCUCCCGACAGGCCGUCGAGCUGUCGUCCUCGGCCGCUUCCCGCGUCCAUGCGGCUGACCAUGGCGGACAUCAAAUGCGUCAUCGGGCUCAAAACAGCGCCUCCCACCAAAAAACCACGAAAAGGAGAAGUCGCCGCGCUGGCAAUUCAACCGUGCACUACUGGUAGUAAGCUGCACUUGGAGCACACACGCGCACUGUCGCCGCAUCGCGGAGCCCCGCCUCUUCCGCACCCCACGCGAGCCAACCUUCCCCACACUCGUUCUUCUGCUGGUAUCGCCAUUCCUUCGGAUCAAGCGCACCACGAGCCAUCUCGCUGCUCGCCAGGUGUUGCCGCAACCCCCGCCCACUUCGGCGCACCUCGACUGACAUCUCCCGCCAGAUCUCCUCCGACUCCGUCGCCAUUGGUGGAAACAGUCGUCCCGUGUCACUGUGACGAGGUGGACGCCAACGGCUACUCAUCGCUGCGCUCUCCGUGCUGCUGCCCGCCGCCCGACUCCAUGCACGGCGCCCCCUGUAUGCCGCCCCUUGCAACCUACCUUCCAUCUACCAUUGCAGCCUCGCCCUUUUCAGCUGCCGCAGCUGCAGCUGAUCCCCACUGGGCGAGGCUUGGUGACGGGAUGGGCAACAGCAGCAGCAGUCCGGACUUGGAGGCCGUGCUUCCCCUGUCCGCCCGCCAGCUGCCCACCAUGGCAUGCGCCACUGCGCGCUUCCUCCACUCGCCGCCGCUUGCACCACCCCAGGUAGCUCCCUACCCUCACAUACUCGGCAUGGGCAUGGGCGUGAACGCGGGUAUGAUGGGGUGUGGGUCCCGAGUAGGAUCUGUUGGUUUAGAGUGCGGGAGUAGCGAGGAGGAGGGAUGCACUUGUGGUGCGGGGAGGACAUGGGAUAGGGAAGACAUUGAACCGGGGCAGAUCCCAGGCCCAUGGCUGUCCAUGCCAGGAGCAGCGGCUAGUGCUGGGCUCCCCCCAUGGCUCUCGACGCCCUCCUGCCACGUUCAGCCCCUGCAUUGGCAGCUGAACCAGCACCAGCAGCCGCAAGAAGUGGAUGCGUACUCUGUGCCUUUUCCGAUAAUGGACCGUGCUUUGCCAUGGGAGGCAAAUGUGCAUGCUGGUGUUACUGGGUCGCCAGCAGGGGGUCUUGUUUGGCAGCACAGAGAUGGUGGUGCUGCAGAGUUCACAGAGAGAGCAGCACCUAGUCCUGUUGACAAGCUUGCUGCAAGAGAUCGGGACACAGAAGCGGGACAAGAUGCGCCUCACCAGGUCACGGAGCAAAAGUUGGCAGCUAAGGGAGACCAUGCAAGUUCAGGCGAUGAAAAGGAACUCAAAAGUGAAACAAUGGCUCCGCUGGAGCUAGAGUCGCGUCACAAGAACCCGCUACAACAGCACCGCAAGUCAAUUCGCGUGUCCGUGUGCGAGAAAGGCGGCAGUAGGGCUAUCUGCUCCAUGUCUCUCUCCGACACGGCGCUAGCAGAGAGCAAGCUGCUGGCAGACUCGCUUUCGGACCACUGGAACGACCUCGUCGCCACCUCCAUCAGCUCCACCAACGCCUCCCCCGCUCUCGCUCCCCUGCAUUCCUCCGCCUCUGCCAAGACAUCCGCGGCUUCCGGCUCAGUCGCCGGCAGCGUGUCAAGCGGCAGCGGCACGCCGGCGGAGGAGCCGCAUGUUCAGCUCAUGGUAAGCGAUUACGUCGCCGACGUCAGCUCGUACGAAGCCACGCUACGAUUGUUGGACGGGAAGGACCCUAAGGCGGAAAUAACGAGCGUCAGCAAGGCUCUUAAGAUUCUUCAGGUAGCCGCAGACCUGCAAUUCGACGACGGUAUUAACGCCUGCUUGCGAUACCUGGAGGCCGUGCCGUGGUCCACAGACGAGGAGGUUGAGGUAGUUAAUGUCCUCGCGCGCCUCGGCAUGGACCAAACCAAGGGCGGACUACGUGUUCUGGCGCGUCUCGGACCGACAAGCGCCGAAGCGGUCUAUAACGUUCUUAAGAAGCUCGUGUCUCAGGCCGUGGCGCGCGCGGACGCAGUGCCUCCAGCGGACCCGCAGUCCAAGGCCAUGUGGCGCGCUUCCGUGGAAAAGCUCUUCACGAGCGGCUCGCUGCGCGCCGAGGUGCGGAAGCGCGUGCUAUUCGAGCAGCUGGACGAGUUAAUAGACCGCGUUCAGGCGUGCGUGGUGGAGGAGGCGGCCGGGGGAGGCGGCGUGAUGCACUUCGUGGACAUGGCGGCCGAGUCGUCCAAGGAGCUCGCCGCGAAAUUCGCAGUUGAAAUGGACAACGUGGCUUGGCUCAUGGGAACCAUGGUGGACCGGUUAGGGUUUGCGGAGUACAUAAUUAAGUGGCUCAGCGAGGACCAAGGCUUCGUGCGACACGUCGAGUACUUUACCCAUAGAGACAAUCGCGCGGAAGCCGCCAUGUACGAUCCGUUGCUCCCUAUUAUUCUGCGGCUACUAACCCUGAUGGUGGGAGGCCACGCCAUCAUCCCCACAAACACGCGCGCGGCGCUCGUGAAGCUGUGGCUGCCCGUGCUGACCACCAUUCCCCGCCUGCCCGCCGUGUUCUCGCGCGAGCGGGGGCGGCUGCUGGGCGAGAUGCUGGGGCAGGUGAUUCUGACGCUGCCGUCGGCGCAGCAGGAGGAGGUGAUGGACCUCUGGCUCUCGCACUGCGGCGGGCGCUACAACGGCUGGCUCGACAUGGCCGCCUUCCUCGAACAGUGGCUUGAGCGAGCGGCGCGCAAGAUCAGGGACUGA